AUGUAUUUGUGGUGUUCUAUCAAGUCUUGGAUUUCGUUGCCUACCUCUUUGCCUCACUAUUCCAAAAUGCCGCCAAACAAGGAUCAAAAUUCUAAAUACUCAUACAAUCGAUCGUUCUCGAACAAUGAAACAACGAUGUCUGCAAAGGUCUACCACCCUGCGACCAACUUGAUGCCAGUGAGCCCACCCCACACCCCUACUGGGGUCCCGCCUAGUUUCGGCUCCAAGUCCACCAACACCUGGAGCCGCCAAAACAGUCACAGUGGGAAAUACUCAUGA